CAGGCGAGUGGCGGCGGCGCCGGUAGCGCGGACAGCUGGCGCGCGGGCCAUGGCUCUCUGGGCGGGGGCCGAGCUCUCGGCGCUGAACCCGCUGCCCACGCUGUGGCUCGUGCUGGCCGCCGCCUUCCUGCUGACCCUGCUGCUGCAGCUCCUGCCAUCCGGCCUGCUCCCGAGCUGCGCGCUCUUCCAGGACCUGAUCCGCUACGGGAAAACCAAGAGCUCCGGGCCGCCGCGCCCUGCCGCCUGCCGGGCCUUUGAUGUCCCCAAAAGAUACUUUUCUCACUUCUAUAUCACCUCAGUACUGUGGAAUGGCUUCCUGCUUUGGUGCCUCACUCAGUCCUUGUUCCUGGGAGUGCCUUUUCCAUACUGGCUUCAUAGUUUGCUCAGAAUUCUGGGGGCUGCCCAGUUCCAAGGGGGUGAGCCUGUGCUGUCUGCAUUCUUGGUCCUCGUGUUCUUAUGGCUGCACAGCUUCCGCAGACUCCUGGAGUGCCUCUACAUCAGCGUCUUCUCCAAUGCCAUGAUUCAUGUGGUGCAGUACUGCUUCGGAAUGGUCUACUACAUCCUUGUCGGCCUGACUGUGCUGAGCCAAGUGCCAAUGGAUGACAGGAACGUUUAUGUAAUAGGGAAAAAUCUACUGAUGCAAGCGCGGUGGUUCCAUGUCCUUGGAAUGUUGAUGUUCAUCUGGUCAUCUGCCCAUCAGUAUAAAUGCCAUGUCAUUCUCAGCAAUCUCAGGAAAAAUAAAGCAGGAGUGGUCAUUCACUGCGACCACAGAAUCCCUUUUGGAGACUGGUUUGAAUAUGUUUCUUCCCCUAACUACUUAGCAGAGCUGAUGAUCUACAUUUCCAUGGCCGCCACCUUUGGGUUCCACAACCUAACUUGGUGGCUAGUGGUGACAUAUGUCUUCUUCAACCAGGCCCUUUCUGCUUUCCUCAGCCACAAAUUCUACAAAGGCAAAUUUGUCUCCUAUCCAAGGCAUAGGAAAGCUUUCCUGCCAUUUUUGUUUUAAGAUAACCUCAGUCACAAAGAGUGCAAAGAAGGUGACACAUUCAACCAUGAAGGACAACGAAGUCCAGAGACCAAAGUGCGGGUUCUGCAGAACUGUUUGAAACUCUCUGUUCCGUUUUCAUACCCCAAAAGUUUCCACUAAAUGAGCAAGAUAUUACCCCUUAAGAAAAUGAAUCUUGAAAGUGUCUUCAAAGAAGAAAUACUCUGACAGAUC